AAGAAGAAGAAGAAGAACGUUACGGUGCUGUACGCUCUAUGGUUCAAUCAGCGUUAACACGCACGUGGGAUCAUUGGUCGCCAAGAAUUACAUCAAGUUAAACAAAUUAUGCACUUAAAGUGAAGUCACCAGCGAAUACGGGAGCUGCACUUCUGGACACCUUUGAGCAGCAGUAUGAUGCAGGCAGGAGUCUGUCUGAGACAGGACACUGAGACAACACUACCACAGCUCACUGAGCAGCACAGGAUCAGACAGAAAGAAGAGGAACUCAGUGGACUGGAGUCUGUCCACAUGGCAGAGUCAGAGACGGAGUGUGCUGCACCAGGACUCAACACAAUGGAGCCAGAGUGUGUUACAGCACACAGCGGGGUCAGUGAUGUACACCGUACACACACACCACUGAUUAAAACAGAAACUGAUCUGGGCUCCACCCACACUGGGAAUUUUAUUAAGACCGAGAACCUAGACAGUACAGAGCUGGGAUAUGUAACCCAUCUGCAUCCUGACCAAAUCAAAACGGAGACUGAUGAUGGAGGAUUUCAUAACCCAGAACACACCGGGGACUUGCAGGAUUUUAAGCGUGUUACUAUUAAAAUUGAAUCCAGUGAACGUUUAAUGAGUGAUCUCAUGAAUACUGGUGUUGAACACAAAGACCAGACUGGACCGUGGCAAUAUGCAGAAGAGCCAAACCCAAACUGUAAAAAGGAAGAAGCUCAUGAUCUGCUGACGCAAUGUGAGGACUUAAACCAUGACUGUGACACAAACAAUGAAAAUAAUCUAAGCAGAAUCAUACAGAUAAGUGCAAACACCAGAAGAAAACAUAUAAACCGUCAGACAACUAAUGUGAUAAUUGAACCCAUAAUUAAUUCAAGUAAAAACCCAAGCCUCUUUCAAAAGAAGACUGUGCAUAGAAAUGAAGGUGGAUUUCAUAUUGGUGGAAAGCCAUACAAUUGUACAUGGUGUGAGAAAUGUUUCACUUCCAAAUCUGCUUUAAAUAUACACCUGAGAAUUCAUACAGGUGAAAAGCCCUACAGUUGUACACAGUGUGAGAAGUGUUUUUCUACCAAAUCUGUUUUGAAUGCACAUCUGAAAAUUCAUACAGGUGAAAAGCCAUACAAUUGUACACAGUGUGAGAAAUGUUUUUAUGCCAAAUCUGUUUUGAAUAGACAUCUGACAAUUCACAGAGAUGAGAAGCCUUACAAGUGUAUCCAUUGUGGGAAGUGCUUUUCCCGAAUAUCUAAUUUAAAUUGUCACCUGAGAAUUCAUACAGGUGAGAAGCCAUAUAAUUGUACACAGUGUGAGAAGUGUUUUACUACCAAAUCUGUUUUAACUAUACACCAGAGAAUUCAUACAGGUGAAAAGCCAUACAAUUGUACACAGUGUGAGAAAUGUUUUUAUGCCAAAUCUGUUUUGAAUAGACAUCUGACAAUUCACAGAGAUGAGAAGCCUUACAAGUGUAUUCAUUGUGGGAAGUGUUUUUACCGAAUAUCUGAUUUGAGUAUCCACCUGAGAAUUCAUACAGGUGAGAAGCCUUACCAGUGUGCAUAUUGUGGGAAGUGUUUUAAUAGAAAAUCUCAUUUAAAUGAACACCAGAGAAUUCAUACAGGUGAAAAGCCUAACAGGUGUACUCACUGUGAUAAGCGAUUUAAUACAAAAACAAGUUUAGAUGUACACGUAAGAAUUCAUACAGGUGAAAAACCCUACAAGUGUAUACAAUGUGCAAAGUGCUUUCGUACAAAAUCUGAUUUAAAUCUACACCAGAGAAUUCAUACUGGUGAAAAGCCCUACAAAUGUAUUCAUUGUCAGAACUGCUUUUCCCAAAUGCGUCUUUUAAGAAACCACCUGAGAAUUCAUACUGGUGAAAAGCCACACAGUUGUACACAGUGUAAGAGAUGUUUUACUACCAAAUAUGAUUUAAAUAUACAUGUGAGAAUUCAUACAGGUGAAAAACCCUACAAAUGUAUUCAUUGUGGGAAGUGCUUUUCCCAAAUAUCUCGUUUAAACAGCCACCAGAAAAUUCAUACAGGUGAAAAGCCCUACAAAUGUAUUUAUUGUGGGAAGUGCUUGUCCACAAAGUAUCUAUUAAAUUGCCACUGGAGAAUUCAUACAGGUGAAAAGCCCUACAAAUGUAUUCAUUGUGAGAAGUGCUUUUCCCAAAUGUGUCCUUUAAGAAACCACCUGAGAAUUCACAUGGGUGAGAUGCCUUACAGGUGCACACAUUGUGGGAAAUGUUUUACUACAGAAUAUAAUUUACAUACACAUGUGAGAAUACAUACAGGUGAGAAGCCAUACAAGUGUACACAGUGUGAGAAGUGUUUUAAUGGAAAGUCUGAUUUAAAAAAACACUUGAGAAUUCAUACGGGUGAGAAGCCUUACCAGUGUACACAUUGUGGUCAGGGCUUGUCAACAAUGUAUCAAUUAAAUUGCCACAGGAGUAUUCAUACAGGUGAGAAGCCAUACAAGUGUACACAAUGUGAGAAAAGUUUUAUUACAAAAUCUCAUUUAAAUGUACACCUGAGAAUUCAUACAGGUGAAAAACCCUACACAUGUAUUCAUUGUGAGAAGUGCUUUUCCCGAGUGAGUAAUUUAAGACGCCACCUAGGAAUUCAUUUGAGGGAAACGCCCUAAACAUCUCAACACUGUGGUGAGUGCUUUUCCACAAUUUAACGUGCUAACAUGGAAUUCAUAGAGGUGAAAAGCCACGCAAUUUUAUUAAUUGUGCAACAUUCUUUUUAGUAGCCAGCUGAGAAUUCAUUCAGAUGAAAAGUCCUUUACAUGUUCUCUGAGUGAGAAGUGCUUUUCCAAAAAAUAAGAAUUUAGUUUUCACAAGAUGCAUCACACCAAUGAAAAACCAUGCACAUGUGUCGUGUGGGACUAAUGUUUUCAGUGUUGGAACUGUUUUUACCAACACACGGCAUUAAAUUGCCUUAAUGCUAGUAGUACAGUUACUCACUGUGGGAAGUAUUUCAAAUGUACUUAGUGGUUAAAUUACAAAAUCUAAUUUUCAUGGCCAGAAGGUAACUCAUACAAGUUUAGAGCCUGACAUUCUCAUUGUGGGAAGUACAGAUGUGCCUUCACUUUUUUUUUGAUUAACCACCCUGUUGUGGUUUCUAAAUUCUUAUUUGAUGGGUGUUUCAUUUGAGUUCAUGGAGUGAGAAAAAGGCUGGUUUGUAGUUGCGCAUUGUAAUGUACUUCUGACAUGCUGAUCAUGUUUCCGAUAUCUGAGAAUACAGCACAAUAACUAGGACAAACUGUGAUGCUCCUUUCAUAACAAGUGUUUAUGACGGUUUUUUGAAAAUGUAAUUUUAAUUCCAUGUAAAUAUAAAAUGUAAUUCCUUGUGGACUGAAGCGUGAUAUUUUGUGAUUAUGAGAUUGACAGCAGUGUAAAUUGUUUAAAAGAAUGUAAAACAAUGUCAAAUCUGUUAGGAUAUUCUGUGUAAAGAAACAUGGUUUUGUGUAUUGCAAGCAUGUUUUUUGAAAAUUACUGGCUUUUCCAGUUCUUUUACUGUCAAGGUUGUAAUUGUGCUUGUCAAUUAAAGCUGAUUUUUUUAGACCUGACAGUAUGUUUUGUCUGACAUAUCAGUCGAGGAUGUUUGUAUUACUCUUUAUUUUCCAACAUUGCACAUGAAUUGCACUGUCUAUAUGGCCUCUCUGACAGACAUUGCACAUUCCCUGGUCAAAAUAGCUCUGAUCAACAUACUGUAUGUUCUCUGUCUGAUGAGACUUCAAUUUUCGGUAACGUUUAUGUGUUUGAGGAUUAAAUUCCGUAUUUAUGACAGGCUUGGGGAUGUUUUGAUGAUUAAAUGGGAGCAUUUUUCAUUA